AUGUCAGUUAGUGUUAAAUCUUCCUCUGAAAAGGAUGGAGUUGAAGUUGAAGUGAAAAAGGAUCAGUAUGAAGUUGAAACUAUAUUAAUUGACAUCGAUGAUCUCUCCUUCAUCGAGGGUGAUCCUUCCUUCAUGAACAAUUCUCCUUACCCUGAAGUGAGAGCAGCAGUUGCUACUGAGUUUGACCCUAAUAUACAAUUAAAUCAUUGGAGAACAUGGUUUCUUACUACAAUCUUCGUCAUUGUAUUUGCUGGUGUUAAUCAAUUCUUCUCCUUGAGAUACCCUUCUUUAACUAUUGGGUAUGUCGUAGCACAAAUUAUAUCCUAUCCAAUCGGUCAAGGAUUUGCAAAGCUUCCAAACUAUAAAAUAAAGGGACUUCCAAAAUGGUUUGAUUUGAAUCCGGGCCCAUUUACAAAACAAGAACAUGCUGUAUUGGUUAUUGUUGUCUCAUUAACAUCUUCAACUGCUUAUGCCAUGAAUAUUUUGAUUGCUCAAAGUCAAGAUGUCUUCUACGGACAAGAUAUUACAGUAGGAUAUCAAAUUUUAUUGGUGUUAUCAACGCAAUUAUUGGGUUACGGUGCUGCUGGGUUGACUAGAAGGUGGAUAGUUUACCCAUCUUCGAUGAUUUGGCCUCAAAAUUUGAUUACAUCCACUGUGUUUUCGACUUUGGCCAAACAGGAUUUGACCGACGCAAUUCAUGUAUCAAGAGUCAACUGGUCAAGAUACAAGAUGUUUUCCAUUGUCACCAUUGCGUCUUUUGUGUGGUAUUGGUUUCCUGGUUUCAUUUUCAAGGCAUUGUCUUACUUUAACUGGGUCUGCUGGAUUGCUCCAGAUAAUAUAGUAGUCAAUCAAAUCUUCGGUGUCAGUUCCGGUUUGGGAAUUAUUCCUAUUACAUUUGAUUGGACUCAAGUGACUCAAGCUUUGAGUAUUUCUCCACUUGCAACUCCAUAUUGGGUGAUUGCAAAUACUUAUGGAGCUGUGUUCUUCUUUUUUGUCCUAAUUUUACCAAUCUUAUACUAUACAAACACCUGGUAUGCGAAGUAUAUGCCAAUGAUUUCAAGUACCACCUAUGACAAUACUCAAACUAAGUAUAACGUGACAAGGAUCUUAACUUCUGAUCUUAAAAUUGACAAGGCUGCCUAUAAGGCAUACUCCCCACUUUUCGUUCCAUAUUCUUAUCUCUUGUCAUAUGCUAUGAAUUUUGCUGCAAUUACUGCAAUUUUCGUUCACACAGUCUUGUACAACGGUAAGGAUAUUGUUGCAAAGUUUAAAAACGCCAAACAUGGAGGAGAAGAUAUCCAUAAGAGAUUAAUGAACAACUUCAUUGAUGUUCCAGAUUGGUGGUAUGGCAUUUUGUUUUUAAUUUCAAUUGGUUUGGCUUUUGCAACCGUUUGCGGUUACCCAGAGUUUACCAAGCUUCCAGCUUGGGGAUUGGUUGUUGCAUUAUUGAUUACCUUUGUUGGGUUCAUUCCACAAGGGUUAUUAGAAGGUUUAACUAAUCAACAUGUGGGCCUUAAUAUUAUUACAGAAUUAGUAUCAGGUUAUAUGUUACCUGGAAAUCCUGUCGCCAACAUGAUGGUCAAACUUUACGGAUUUAUCCCAAUGAGACAAGGUCUUGAUUUCUCUCGUGAUUUGAAGUUGGCUCAAUAUAUGAAGGUACCACCAAGAUUCUUGUUUGUCAUUCAAAUAUAUGGUACUAUCUGGGCUUGUUUAGUAAAUGUCGGUGUGCAACAAUGGAUGAGAUUCAAUGUCAAGGAUAUUUGUACAACAACUCAAGAGAACGGGUUCACAUGUGCAAGUGGUAGAACCAUCUUCAAUGCCAGUAUCAUCUGGAUGCAGCCCCAAGAGUUGUUCUCCCCUGGAAAGAUCUACAAUCCUUUACUUUACUUCUUCCUCAUUGGUGCCGCUUUCCCAUUGUUUACCUAUGCAUUAUACCGUAAGUUUCCAAACAAGUGGUACGGUAAAAUUCAUGGACCAAUUUUCUUCACUGGAAGUGGUAACAUCCCACCAUCCACUCUUUACAAUUACAGUUUGUAUUUUGCAACAGGAUUCACAUUCAACUACUACAUUAAAAAGUAUUAUAAACAUUUCCACACAAGAUACAACAAUGUUAUAUCUGCUGCCUUUGAUGCAGGUGUUGCUAUCAGUGCGGUUAUUAUCUUCUUGUGUGUAACAUACCCUGGAGGAGAAUUAACAUGGUGGGGUAACACAGUCUACAAGAAUACUGCAGAUUAUGAUGGUACUCCAUUUUAUACGCUAGCUGAUGGAGAAACAUUCGGACCAUCCAACUGGUAG